AUGCAAGCCAUAGUUGCGGGAUUUGCAGGCCAACUGAAAGGUUGGUGGGAUUUCUCGUUAACUCAAGAAGGAAAGAAUCAAAUUAUUAAUGCUGUGAAAAGAGAAGAAUAUGUUGAUGCAAAUCAACAAAGACAAAUAAGAGAAACCCCUGAAGCAGUGAAUACUUUGCUAUAUACCAUAGGAUUACAUUUUAUAGGAUCUACCACGAUGCAUUUAGAUAGAUCCCAUGAACAGCUCAUGAAUUUACGCUGUCCUGAUUUAUCUCAUUUUAAAUGGUAUAAAGAUGUUUUUCUGAUAGCUGUCUUAGCUCGUGAAGAUAGUCAGUAUGAUUUCUGGAAAGAAAAGUUUAUUUCUGGAUUACCUUCGCUUUUUGCAGAAAGGGUUAGGAAUAAACUUAAAGAAAGAAAUAAUGGUAUUAUACCAUACCAUACUUAUACGUAUGGGGAAUUAGCUUCCGAAAUAGUGACAGAAGGAUUAGCCCUAUGUAAUGAAAUCAAAAUACAUAGGCAAAUGAAAAAAGACAAAUUAACAGGAAAAAGAAUGUUAGGAGAUUUUUGUGAACAGUUUGGGUAUGAACCUCUAUGGAAAUCUUCUAAGAAAAAAGAAAAAUAUAGACGUCCUUUUAGAAAAACAAGAAAAGAAAAAUAUUAUGAAAAGAAAAAGGAGUCUAGUACAAAGGGCCUAAAGAAACAUCAGAAAACAGGUCAGAAGGCAAAACGAAAAGAUAAAUCUCAAAUUGCCUGUUAUAGAUGUGGGUGCAUAGGACACUAUGCUAAUAAAUGUAGACUGAAACAACAGAUACAAGCUUUAACGAUAGAUGAAGAGCUCAAGAAUUCUUUAGCAAAAGUAUUCAUUAAUGACACUGAUUCCGAAAAGGAAAAUGAAAUAAAUGUUGUAGAUUAUACAGAAGAAUCUGACCAAGAAGUUCUGUCAAAUAAACAUUCUGAUUGUGAUGGUCAAUGUGACUAUUACAAAUCACUAUGUGCUAUGAAUGGUUUAUAUGUGCUAACCAAGAAAGAUACAUUAAUUUUAGAUCUUAUUGAUCAACUUCCAGAUGAUCAGAAGAGGCAACAAUUAUAA